CAAGUGAGUGCAAAGUUAUUGAGGCGCAAUUAUAUCGAAGCAGUGCAAAUACAACCAUUCUGGCCACGCUGGAGUUGAGCUGAUCUUUGCAGCAUCCCUUGCAAAACUGGGAUCGCCGAAGCCUUGACUCGCGCAAUGAAAGGAUGGAUCACGUCAUCCACGACGUCGACAGAGCCGUGUGGAGUACGUCAAGUUAUGACCGUACACGCCUCCGGCCUACGGGCAUGAGAUCCACGUCUGAUCGUCAGUUUAUAAUACAACAAUACGCCGGUUUUACACUUCCGGAACCCAUAACGAGAUCACGACGAUAUGAUGGAUAAAUACGUGGACGGUUCCUCCCAGAGGCCAACAAGAAUCGAG